AUGGACGUGCCGUUGCUGCAUCACCCGCACAGCUACCAGCAGCAGCAGCAGCAGCACCACCACCACCACCACCACCACCACCACCACACCACCACCAGCGGCGGCACCCCCACCGCCGCCGCCGGUGCUGCUGCUGCCGGCUCUUCUGCUGCCGCUGGUGGCCCAUCCACCGCCGGCGCCGGCGCCGGCGCCGCCGUCCUCACGCCGAAUUCGGCCACCUCGCCCUCGACGACUAUUCCGUCGCCUGCCUCGGCCUCGUACCCCCGCUCACAGGACGGCGGCAGAUACGACUAUGGUGUCGACUCGGGCCAAGAAGGCCCAGUACCCGCUGACGGGCCGCCCAAGAAGAAGCAGAAGCGCAACAAACCCACAUUGUCCUGCCACGAGUGCGUCGAGCGCAAGACCAAGUGCGAUAGGGGGCGGCCACAUUGCCUAGCUUGCAUCAAAAGGCAGACGGAAUGUCGAUAUGCUCACGUUGCGAAUCUGCUCGAAGAGACCUCGAGGUCGGUGGCCAAUGGCCGUCGCAUGACGAAACCGCCCAAGAAGAAGCCUGUGGCAGAUGGCAAGUUGUCAAUUCCAAACAUUGCCGACAGGGGCGCCAUCGUUGAUCAUGAUGCAUCGUCGCGCGGUGCUGUUGCGCUUUCCCUCGGACUUCUGUCACACGUACCGUAUUCAGUAACAGGAGCCAGCAACGUUUUCGGUAUUGGGUCCGAGCAUCCAUUCGCAAACUAUUGGACAUGCGAAGGGGGCCUUCCCGAGGUCAUUUCGGUUUUGCCCGACAAGAUACAGGCCGACAUCUUGUUGGCACGUUAUUUCGAGUGCGUCGACCCGGUGUACCCAAUGAUCCACCGGCAAACGUUUUACGCCGACUACGAGCACUUUUGGCAGUUGAACGCGCCGGAGAGGAACAAGACAGAUGCCGCCUUUGUCGGCCUCAUUUUCGUCAUGCUUGCUCUCGGCACUCAGUUUGUGACAUCGACGUCGCCUAAAGAGCGCAAGCAGACGGCGGAGUUCUACGCUUCAGCCAGCAAUCAGGCCUUGCGCAUGUCCUCAUACUUGAGCACAGCGUCACUUAGCUCCAUUCAGGCCAUGGUCCUUCUGACGUACUUCCUCAUCAAUGACAACCAUGCGUCGGAUGGCUGGGCCUUCGCCGGAAUCCUCAUUCGGCAAGCAUACGCGAUGGGGCUGCACCGGGAUCCCAACAUAGUGACGCCCAACGCAAACCCGUUCGAGAAGCAGCAGAGGAGGAAAGUGUGGCAGGCCGUUCUCUUGCAGGACACGUUUCUCACCGUGUUACUGUCCCUUCCACCAUCAGCAACACACACCGAUGUGUCGGUGGAGGAUUUGUUGGACGACAGUGCCUCCAUUGCCAGUAGUGACCCGAUGGAUACGGCGUAUAUCCGGGGCUCAUGGAUGCUGGCGAAUCUGGUGCAGGAAACAAUCUGUUCACCACGAUCGCUAGACCUUCCCAUAUGUGCAACGGCGAGGCACAAGUCGAAACUUGUCGCCGACUUCCGUGCAGUGUACAGAUCGUUCCCUGACGUUUUCCGGUCCUGGGACGCGUACAGCCUGACGAGACUUGCAGCGACCAACAAGCGAAUCAUCCGGCAAACUCUGUUCCUGACCAGCAACUACUUCCACAACCUCAUGUUGGUUCACGCGUCUGAAUGCCCGGACGUGCCUGUCAAUGUGCGGGGGACGCUGGAGGCGGCGCAUGAUGCCAUAAGUGCAUUCUUCUUGCUUUUCAGUCUUCUGGAGUCGGAGGCGCGCGUCUGGUGGGUGUUCCAGCACCGCGCAUUCCUCGAAGCGCUGUGCAUCGGCAACGUCUUGCGUGAGGUAACCAGGGAACCCAGAGGCAAGGACCUUCUUUUGCGGGAUCCACUGUUUGUGAGAGCAAAGGCGGACAUCUCGCGUAUGAUACAGAUAAUGCAACUGAUGGACGAAGAGGGUGGUGUCAGUCUAACAAGGGUCAGCCUGCUAAGCGAGUAUUUGGAGUGA